AAGAAACUCAAAUGUGAUAAGGAUUCUAAUGGUAUCGCCUGCAGCCAAUGCUUCACAAAAAAUUUCGAAUGUAAGACUAGAACGAAAAAGAAGCCAGGUCCAAAGUCUAAAAACAAAAAUAACGAUGAUAAUAGUAAUUACAGCCCUGAUGAUCUGGACAUUCGAGUUUCUUCAGAUAGAAACUCUGAUAGCGAUUUUACAGAUGAUGGGGCUCGUUUGAAUGUCUCCGCUCUAUACUCAUUGUCGCCAAUAUCUCCAAAUUAUUCCAGCUCUCCCGCAGUUAGUUCUCUAACUAAUCCACGCGAUCAAAAUUCAGACUUUCCAUUUCACGCGAUAGAAUUAAUAAAUACAAUGUCAAUACGUGAGGUAGAUAAUCUUGAGACGAACGAUAUUUUGAGUUUAUUUAACGAACAUGCAUUAUCUCCAACAAUGAGUAGUGAUAAUUCUGAGGACGAUGAUGGUUCUGGAUUGGGUAUAAAUUUUGGGAAAAUAUAA